AAAUGCUGCAUUUUCAUCCGUGCCUGUGAAGCCGAGAGCAGGGGCAGUGGAGGGGUAUGUGUUUUCUCUUUUUUUUGACAGCUGUAUUACUGCUGAUAAGCAGCACUCGCGCUGAUCCGGUACUCUGACAGCAGCAGCGGCAGCAGAAGAGAGCGAGAGAGAGCGAGAGAGAGAGCGAGAGAGAGAGAGGGGGAAGCUGGAAACUCGGGUAGCGCUGUAGAAGGAGCAGCAGCAGAAAGAGAAAGCUGGAAACUCGGGGCAGGGCUGUAGACGAAGCAGCGGCGGAAAGGAAAAGCUGGAAAAGCUGGCAGAUUUCUUUUGAGAGUACAGAGGAAGCAGGACUGGCAAGAAAGCUGGAAACUUGGGCAGUUUUCCACCAGCGACGUUGAGGAAGAAACGGCAGCAACAGAAAGAGAAACCUGGAAACUCUCGCAGCACUGUAAAGAAAGAAAGAGCGUCAGCACCACUGGCAAGUCUGUCCUUUAUUCCCUACCUUAUUUACCCCUUCUCUUCUUCUUUCUGGAGUUGAGCUUGUUUUUAUCAGCCUGGUUUGAAACAACAAGAGGAAAGCAAAGUGCACUGGAUCUCUUGUCCAUAAAAAAAGGAAACAGGCAUCCUGUCCAAAGCAGACCUGGCUGCCCACAUGCCGAUCGAAUUCGUGUGCAAGAUCAAGUUUGCCGAGGAGGACGAGAAGCAGAAGAAGGGCAAAAAGCAGCAGGAUGGGGACAGGGAGAGCCUGAUCGAGGAAAGCUGCAGCCCUCCGGCCAAAGACCUGGCCGGGUUCGCCAACUCCUGCUCCCUCCACGGGAUUAACCACAUCUUUGUUUCUGGACGGCUGGGGGUCCGGCAGACCCUCUGGGCUUUGGCCUUUCUGGCGUCCCUGGCGCUGUUCCUCUACCAGGCGGCCAAGUGCGCCAUCUCUUACCUGGAGCAUCCCCACGUCACGGCGCUGAAUGAGGAAGCCAGCCCGGAGAUGGUCUUCCCGGCCGUCACCAUCUGCAACAUCAACCGCUUCCGCUUCUCCGCCCUCACGGACGCCGACAUCUACCACCUGGCCAACCUGACAGGCCUGCCACCCAAAAACAAAGACGGACACAAGCCAACGGACCUGGAGUACCCGGCACCGGACAUGCAGGACAUUUUCAAUCGCACCGGCCACCAGCUGGACGAGAUGCUCAAGAGCUGCAACUUCAGCGGACAGAACUGCUCGGCUGAGGACUUUACUGUGGUUUACACCAGAUAUGGGAAAUGCUACACAUUCAAUGGGAACAAGACGACAUCCAGGAAGACAAAGCAGGGAGGCAUGGGGAACGGCCUGGAGAUCAUGCUGGACAUCCAACAGGACGAGUACCUGCCCAUCUGGAGAGAGACAAAUGAGACAUCUCUGGAGGCUGGGAUUCGUGUUCAGAUCCACAGUCAGGACGAGCCCCCCUACAUCCACCAGCUCGGCUUUGGGGUUUCGCCUGGAUUUCAAACGUUUGUGUCGUGUCAGGAGCAGAGGCUGACCUACCUACCCCAGCCGUGGGGAAACUGUCGCUCCUCCACUGAGCAGAUAAUUCCGGGUUACGACACCUACAGCAUCAGCGCCUGCCGUCUGCACUGCGAGACGCGAGUGGUUCUGCAGGAGUGUCACUGCAGGAUGGUUCACAUGCCAGGAAAUGCUGAUAUCUGCACCCCCAACAAAAUCAAGUGUGUGGACAGAGCGCUGGCUCUGUUACAGAAGAGUUCGGGGGACUCGUGUCCGUGUGAAACUCCCUGUAAUCUGACCCGCUACGGUAAAGAACUCUCCAUGGUGAAGAUUCCCAGUAAAGGGUCGGCUCGCUACCUGAGCAGGAAGUACCACAAAUCAGAGGAUUACAUCAGAGAUAAUUUCCUUGUUCUGGAUAUUUUCUUCGAAGCUCUGAACUAUGAAACAAUAGAGCAGAAGAAAGCUUAUGAUGUUGCAGGAUUAUUAGGUGACAUUGGUGGACAGAUGGGGCUGUUUAUAGGAGCCAGUAUUCUCACAGUGCUGGAGAUCCUCGACUAUAUUUAUGAGGUGAUUAAGCACAGGUUGCAGCGUUUGUUGAAGCCUCAGAAAGAGCAGAAGCCGCAGCCUCAGCAGAAACAGCCCCCAGCCAGCACUGUGGCUACGGUCAACCUGGAGGACAUGAAGGCUAAGGAUGGCAGUGAACGGGGAAACAGCGAGGGAGCUUACGCUAACACCAUCCUACCAAACCAUCACCACCAUCUCCAUCUGCACCACAGCCGCCACACGCCCUUCGAGGACUUCGCCUGCUAGGGUUCCGCCAAUGGCCACGUCUGGACCAGAGUGGACCCUUCCUCUCCUCUCUCUCUUUCUCUCUCUCAGCAGAAACUCAGAUCUCAGUGCUAUCUCCCCUCUCGCUGCCACCAGUGAAAGCUACAGCCAAAGACCUCCUAAAUCUGUGCUUGAGACAGACCGUUCAUGUGCGUGUGUGUUCAGGCAUGGGCUAGACGCCACGUUCGCUGUCCAGAAGGAGCCUCUUGACCCCCUCAUUGUCCUCCUACUCCUCCUCCGCUCCACUUCUCCCUGGUCACUCCACCGUUUCUACACUGAUUGUUUUAUUCGGGGCCUCUAUAUGAAAUGAAUGCAAUGGACUCCAGCAGGUCCAGUCUGUGCUCCUGAUCAGGUUUAAGCACCGAGUCCUUCGCUCUGGACCUCAGACUGCGGAAGGUUUUACUCGUUCGAGUACGAAUCAUCUGUAAAAUAACGUCACUGAGAUACACAUACAACUGUAAAUGAUGUAUUUGAGUAAUUUAUUAUUGACCCUUAGACUCCAGAGACUAAAGUGCUGAACGUAAUCUCGAUGGAGGCUGUAGAAUCGUGUGUGCGUGUAUCGGACAAAGUAGAACGUAUCCAGCUCUAUAGGAUACAUAUGAUAAAUGUUUUCUUUAUAUUAAAUGGUUUAUGAUUAAUUGCUUAAAGUAUAUAUUAAAAAUCCCACUAAUUUUGUAA